AUGGAAAGUUCUUCAGUUCCUUUGGUGAAGUUCAUUUCUGGUGACUUUUGGUCAUCCGUGAAGAUGAGGCAAGUGCGCGUUCUGUGCCAGAAGACGAUCACGCCGGUUCAAGUUCUGGAAGCGGCAAUGGAAGACGACAACUCCAUUCGCAAGGCCAUCAAGAAGAUACGUCUCACAGACUGCCAAGGCCGGGACAGUUGGCUGGAGAUUUUUCACGAAAUCAGUUUCAUGGACUACGCUUCGCAUCCGCACAUCAUGAAGAUGGACUGGGCAGUAAAGUGCAAGGACUUUGUAGCUAUCUGCAUGCCUCUGUGCUCACGAGGAUCUUUGCAUGAUGCGCGUCACCGUCUCAACAGGGAGCAGUUAGAGCGCUGCUUCGUGCAGACCGCCUGUGCACUGAGAUAUCUUCACAACAGGUGGGCUGUACACGGGGACGUGAAGCCUGCCAACGUAUUCCUGGAUGAAUCCAACAACGCUAUUCUCGGUGACCUGGGAAUGUCCCGCCUUCUGGCACACGGACAAAACAGAGUGAGCAGCAAGAACGUACUCGGAACAAAAGGCUAUCUCGCUCCAGAGAUCCAGACUGACAUCACCGUAGAUCCUUUUCUGUCGGACGCGUACGCACUUGGAGCAACGCUGUGGUUUCUUGUCUUCAAACGAAAACCUCGCGAUGGAGAGGAUCUUCUGCACGCUGUGAAAUCCGACAGAACCCUAAUGCCGCUCUUGGGCUUCUUCAGGUUUGUGCUCUACAGGCUUGUACAGAACAACCCACGACUCCGACUUUCAGUCUGCCAUCUCCUGGAAUUCCUUCGUGAGCGCUUUCAGCAGUUCAGGGUAAUCAUAGACUCUCUGUAA